GCCCCCUCCUCCUGGCUCAUUAGGAGAUUUGAUUCGGCUUGGCUCCUGCUGUCAGCAGCUGUCUGGGGCAAGAUCUUUAUGCUCCCUGCUCCCCAGCGCAGCCACCAGCCUCCAGCCUCCAGCCCGCAGCAGAGCUCAUUAGCAAAGAACCCUUUCCCGGAUUUUCAGCUACUUGGUGGCCUGAAAAGAGUUAAUACCUACUCUUGACUCGGGGGCAGAGCAGCUGCUGUGGGCUGGGGAGAGACUUCUCCCUGAGCUUCGGCCAAAGGAGCUGCAGAGCUCCUUAACCCGCAACCUUUCUGACCAUCCACUUGGCAAAGACCUGCAGGCCAUGAGGACCGGUCAACGACAGUGAGAGGACGUGAGAGGGUAAAUCCUUGAACCCCGCAGUCUUAGUUCCUGCCCUGACGUCCCUGCAAACCAGCCCAAGGGGUAACCAUAAGCGGAUGCCUGUAUGGCUGCCUUACUGAUGCCACGCAGAAACAAAGGCAUGAGGACUCGACUGGGGUGCCUGUCCCACAAAUCGGACUCCUGUAGCGACUUCACGGCCAUUCUUCCCGACAAACCCAACCGCGCUCUCAAGAGACUCUCCACGGAAGAAGCGACGAGGUGGGCAGAUUCCUUUGACGUGCUCCUCUCUCAUAAGUAUGGGGUGGCAGCCUUUCGUGCUUUCCUGAAGACAGAGUUCAGCGAGGAGAACCUGGAGUUCUGGCUAGCCUGCGAGGAGUUCAAGAAAACCCGGUCGACUGCAAAGUUGGUCUCCAAGGCCCACAGGAUCUUUGAGGAGUUUGUGGAUGUGCAGGCCCCACGGGAGGUGAAUAUCGAUUUCCAGACCCGAGAAGCCACGAGGAAGAACAUGCAGGAGCCAUCCCUGACUUGUUUUGACCAAGCUCAGGGGAAAGUACACAGCCUCAUGGAGAAAGACUCUUACCCCAGGUUCUUGAGGUCCAAAAUGUACUUAGACCUUCUGUCCCAAAGCCAGAGGAGGCUCAGUUAGACCGUGGAUGGAGACUUUUGGAAGUCACUGGCUUCCCCUUCCCCUUGCUGCCAAGACCAUAUUCUAAUGUGAAAUGCCAUAGGUGUUCAAAGGCGCCGGGGUUUGGGGUGGGAGGCUGGAGGUGACAAGGGAAUGAAGGGCUGUUCCAAAGUAUGAUCCAGCUUUUGGAGCUGGGACUCUCUUCCAUUUACUCAGAUUUAUGUUUUGGUUAGAGGUAGCACCACUGCUGACAUCCUUCUCUGGGUGGGCCAGUAACUGGCCCUUCAUACGCCUUCCAUCAUCUCCACGGAGAAGGCAGAUUCACUGUGCCGGGCUAUUUGUAAAUAAUGCCAAUGCAGUUCCCAUCACCACCACAAAACGCCCUCAUCAGUAGGAUUCCUGAUUUUCACCUUGUCCUUUAUUUACCCAAGGGAGGAGUAGCUUGAAGACUCAGAUUCUCAUUUGUGAUUCACUAUCACAAACCAGUGGCCCAACCUGAGUACCUGGACCUCACAAUUUAGAAGAGAUCGCUUUGGAAGUUCAGAUUCCUAGCACCACUGGCAGUGACCUCUGACAAAGGACAUAUUCCCUGGAGUUAGCUGUGUCUUCCGUUUCCACAUGACCCAUAUGAGAGUCUGGGGUCCCUUCUUAGCCUAAGGAAUUCAAUGAAUUUCCUUAUGCCUGCAACUCCAGAAAGGGUCUUGGGAGACUUCUCCCAUGACUUCUGAGUGGAGCUGUCCUUUUGAAAGACAGAGCUUGUGACUCUUCUUCAACUUAUCGAGGACUUUUCUAGAAGCUGAGGGACCAGGGAAUGUAGCAUCAGUGGACUUUCGUGCAAUGAGGCUCCGUAUGACCUGUCUGUUGCCUAAUGCAUUCUGUGCCCUCACCUCCAUGGCGUCACUUAUCUCUGAUCUCUUAAGAUGAAAGACAGUUUGGCAAAGGGGGGUAAAUUCCCAUAGCAUGACAGCUAGUGCCUGAUGCUUCCCUGUCCCUCCACCUCCUCCUUCCCUGCAGGCCAUGUGACUGUGAUGGGGGAGAAUGGGACCCUAGGCUGAAACUCUCAUUGUGGCUUGCUUCCUAGGCCUACUGUCUCAGAAAGCCCACUCUUGGCUAUUGAGAAAUAGCUGCCUUCUUGGUCUCUGACCUUUGGGACUGAACAUGAACUGGGAAGAUCACUGUGAACACCAGGCUGUGAAAACUUUCCUACAAUGCUUGUGUGGUACCCUGGGGUAUCUUAGAAAUGUAUCAGGAUACAUUUUCUUGGAGGAGGCAUGAGCAGCAUGGAAUCUCUGCAGUUAUCCAGGAGAAAUCUGACCCCGCCAUCUCCUAUGGUGACAGGGAGAUGGCUCUUCAGCAUAGAGACCAGGAAAUGGAAGAGGAGCCUGGAAGCUGCUGGUCUCUGGAUGAACCGGAUUGCAGAGAGGUGAUGGAGGAGCUACUGGGAUAAUUCACAGCUAGCCAACACCGGCUCAUUGGAGAGCCACAAACUUUUCAGCUUGAGUGAGUGAAAUAGUCCAUGGCCAGGCUGCCCUGGAAAUCAGGUGAUGGCAGGCUAGGCUGAGACUCCCUUUUGUGGGGUACUAGCCCUUCUGAGAUAUUCUAGGGUUUGAAUUCUGGUCUAGGCUUAUCAGUUCCUUAUUUGGCUGUGGCCAGACAGGGGCAAGAAGGCCCUUGAGUCCUAUCCUGUUAGUGCCAACUGCCUUCCUAGUGGGACAGUGUCAUCCGUGAGUGGGUGUUGGUGUCUGCGUGCAAACCUCAAGAAGAGAUUUUAAAAAACACCUAUUUUCUAUGCCUCACACUGAAGAGACCCAUGACAGUCACAGUUAGUAAGAACCCUGAAGUCUCAAAUGGCGUUCCAGGUUAGGUCAGGCCAAUUUCCCCACCCUGAUAUAAAAAUAUUCUUCGCUAAAGCUGCCAGAAUUUAUGGAAUGAUUAAAUUAUCUAACAGGGUAUUUUACACAUUGUUUACACAUGAAAUGUGCAUCUGCUGCCAAUGCUACUGUCCAGUAUGAGGUGCAUAUCGAUUGGACUUGCAGUGAUGGAAACGCCCGGGGAGGGGCUUUCUUACCACUUUCAAUAUCCCAAUGCAAAAAGGCUCCAUAUGCACCGUGUGGCACCCUCAUUUGGGGCCUAGAGUUCUUACCAACUACUGGCGGAAUGAAGGCUGCAGACAGUGAUGGUGAUAUCAUGACACCCUGGCGACUACUUCCCACAUGGGAGGUACAAGGGACCAAGUUUGGGUAUUCUGAAUUUUGUAGCUAGACAAGGGGACAAGGGCACGUGAGUUUGUGUCUGUGUAGAGGAGCAGAUAGCUCUAUUUUAUGGUACUCCCAUGGAGCAUCUCGUGUGUGUGUGUGUGUGUGUGUGUGUGUGUGUGUGUGUGUGUGUGUGUGUGUAUGUUGUGAGUCUUGGGUAGUACACCGCAGACAUGAUCUUCCCAGGCAGGUAGCUUUUCACAUACCCUCCCCUGCUUCUCACAGAAGAGGCACAGAGUUCCUUGCUCUGAUACCUCCUCUUAGGCACUUUGGUCAUGCUAGCCCAGAUUUUGGUCUGUGAUGAAACAGAGAAAUGUUUACAACAUCUAGAGCAAUAUCGAAGCAUACCUCAUCUCUCAGCUUCCAUGUCUCCUGGCCCCUUCCCCUCAUGUCUUCCUCUACAAGCCUCAUCCUCCUCACCAGGCUGUCACCACAGAUGCCACUUCCAUUUAAUGUCUUCCUUUGCUCCAGUCCUACGGAGUGUACCGAUGACCGACCCCGAACUCUGGCAAGUCCUGGCAACCGGACACAGUCUGCGGCUUUCCAUCUGGGAGUGGCAAACUGGUCGCACUGAGUUCUCUUAUUUUGGCUUUGGUUUGUGGUUUGCCCGUUGCUCUUGUGGACUAAGUAGAUCUCAGCCAUUGACAAAUGGGGCACUCUGGACGGACUGGGGAGGAAUCCUCUGUGUUCAUUAUUAAACAUGAGCAUGAAUAAUAGGGAUCACUUUGAAAGCCCCUUACAAAUGCUAAUUCCCAGGUCCCACAUUCAGAGAUGCUGAUCCUAUAGGUUUAAAGAAGGAACCCAUAAAGCAACAUAAAAAAAAAAAGCUCCUGGGUAUGCAAUGACAUGACAUGCAGGCAUUGGACAAAGAUGGCCCAAGACAGUGGUUCUCAACCUCGCUGCUCACUGGGCUUAGAAUAGUUAAAUCAGAAACGUUUGGUGGGAGCCAGGUAGUUUUUAAUAUCCCAUUAGUCUCAAUGUGCAGAUGUGUUCAGGAAGCAGCAGCCUAAGGAAUGAAGAGGAACAGGACCGAGGGACAGACACGGCAGCGGGGACAAGUCCCAACAGCCUGCCUGAAAGUGAAAAGCCCAGUAACCAGGACCCCUUGUCUGCUCAUAGCUGCCCUGGGGGGAGUUGGUUUGUGCCUCUCACUCCGACUUGCUCCUUUGAGGUCCUGUUUGGGUUCAAGCCGUACGCCAAGGUGGGAAACAUGAACGGCACUUGGCUGAGAGCUGUUUGGCCACGCUUCCCCCCUUUUUCUUUUUCUUUCUUUCUUUUUUUGUUUUUGUUUUUGUUUUUUGAGACAGGGUUUCUCUGUAUUGUUUUGGAGGUUGUCCUGGAACUAGCUCUUGUAGACCAGGCUGGUCUCGAACUUACAGAGAUCCUCCUGCCUCUGCCUCCAGACUGCUGGGAUUAAAGGUGUGUGCCACCAACGCCCAGCUCCCUGCCCUUUUCACAGUGCUUCCCCCAGGCUUACCUCAUGAGCUCUGUUUGUUUCGUAGAGCCUUGUGUUUGGCCCUUCCGUGUCAGGCUGUGCCACUGAAUCCAAGGCCGUGCAAUAGGGUCGCUGGAAUAUAGGUAGUGAGUGAAGAGUGUCUUGGUAGUGAUGGUCGUGACACAAUAGCUUCUGAAUUUCUCUGUGGAGGCUGUCCCUCUCUGGGAGGCUAUUCCAAGACCACAGUGAGGUGUGUUUUCCCUCCUUCAGGCCCUCACCAUUUUCUCUUUGGUCCCAUGUUGGUUAGGCAACUGGGAAGCUGCUAGUUGGCUCUAUUUUCUGGUGCUUUCCCCAGAACUCGCUGCUCUGAGAAACCAAAGCUGUGAAAAAGUGAACGCUCUGCCCAGGUGCUUGUCCUGGACAGGCCACAAGCCCUGGACAACAGAGGAACUGUCUCUGCUGUAAGGGGAAGGCAAAGAGAGCUGGAGGAGGGUGGGCAAGGGGGUGCCUGGGGAGGCAGGGGCAGGGCAGGAGAGCCCCCAGCUGCUGGUGUGGUAGUUGCAUCUCCAUGUCCUAGAGGGAAAGGUAAAGAGGGACACAUCCAUAGGCAGGAUGGUUUUCCAGCAAGCGCAACCCCAGAACUCUGCUGACCCUGCAGAAGAGCUGCCAUUUCCCGCCCUUGCCUUCAGCUGACCGAGUGUCUACCCUCCUUAAAUCCGUACCCCUCCAGUUAAAACAAGAGAGGUGGUGCCAUCAUCACUCCUGGCACUGGGAGCCUGUGUCACCAUGACACUUGGUAUGAGACUGAGGAGGGAGAAGCCAAAGGAGAGAUGGCUUUCUGUCCCUGUGGCUUCUCAAGGAUUCUACACGAUGCUGUGGGUCACAAUGGGAGACGUCAGGAUGGGACUACAGGCCUCACUAGGUUUUGGAUUUAGGAUCCUCUCGGUAAAUUGUCCAUUUCUUGAACUUAACCCCUCUGCUCCCUUCCCCUCUGCCAGAUUAGGAAAUGGUGACUAGGCUCCGCAUGUGCACUGACCACGGUAGCCUUAGCUGGUCACUCACAGAGCACAACUGAUUUAUAGCAGCUCAUCUGCCAUACAAACCGCUUGGCUGACGGAGUCCGCAUUGAGUUGUUUCAUUACCAUGUAAAGUGGAAUACAUUCACUUUUACUAUACACAGGCUGUGAGAACAAAAUAAACAAAACCUGAACAAGC